AUGGAAAACGAUGAAUACGCUGAUACACUUUUUAAAGCUUAUCUCAGUGAUAUAGCAGAAAGAUAUGAAGACAUGGCUUUAGAAAUGAAAAUGGCAGUUAAACUUGCUCAUAGUAAGAAUAUUCUUCUAAGUCCGUCAGCAAGAAACUCUUUUAGCGUGGCUUUUAAAAAUCUAGUAAGUGCUAGAAGAAGCAGUUGGAGAAUUUUAUGUUCAGAAAAGCAAAAGCAGGCAGCAAAAGGUAUGCAAAAUAAUCAACACGUAGAAGAAAAAAUUCAGACAGUAGAAAAAGAACUUUUAAAUUUUUGUAAUGAUGUACUUGACAUGAUAAAUAGUUACAUCCUUACUCAAGAUAUUACUAAAAACUCAGGUUAUAAUGUCGAAUACUCUAUUUUCUUUUUGAAAAUGAAAGGAGAUUAUUUUCGCUACAAGGCAGAAGUUCUAAAAGGAGAAGAAAGUGAAACAAUUGGUAAGCUAGCACAUGAUGCUUACAAGGAAGCAACCGAACAAGCGGCUCCUCUUCCAACUACUAAUCCUAUUAAAUUAGGACUUGCUCUUAAUUAUUCAGUGUUCUAUUACGAAAUAUUAAAUGAUCCUAAAGAAGCGUGUGUUAUUGCUAGAACGGCCUUUGACAAUGCUAUUGAAAACCUUGAAGGGCUAAGUGAAACUCACUACAGAGAUUCGACAUUAAUUAUGCAACUUCUUAGAGACAAUUUAACAUUGUGGAAUAGUAGAGAAGAUAAUUCUAGAAUUACUGAAGAUGAAAGAGAGGCAUCAAUAGAAGAAGAAGAGAAAUGUUGA